GCUAAUAGGCUCACAUUACUAUUACUAUAUUUUUUGCUUGCUUGCUUCGCUUCAUACUUUACAACAUCUUACAACCCCCGCCCAGAAAGCCCAUUUCAAGUACACAUCGACCUAAUAAUACCUUCCCCCAUGCCUUCCGAACCGUCGACUGCGGGCAUCGUCACAGACGAGAACAGCGGCGAGCGCCACAUCCCAGAAUCCGUGCGCGCGGACGGCACCACGAGGAAAGCGAUUAAGAUCCGCCCCGGGUACAGGCCACCAGAGGACGUCGAGCUCUACAAGAACCGCACCGCCGAGUCGUUCCGCAACCGGGGCAAAGGCGGCGUCAUCGGAGCAGAAGGAUUAAAAGAGCAAAAGCAGGAAGCAGCCGCUGCGUCCGCCGCCAGCAACAAAAACGCCAAGCGCCGAGAAGCGAGGAAGAAGGCAAAGCAGUCGCAAGAUCCCGCCGAAGCGGAAGCGGCCAAUAGCAAUGCUUCCGCAGACGCGAACGCGAACGUGAACGCCGCCAAGGCCGAGGAAGUCGCCGAUCCGGAAGCCGAGAGGGAGAAGAAGGCCCGGAAUCUAAAGAAGAAGCUGAAGCAAGCGAAGGACCUGAAGAGCAAGAAGGAAGGCGGCGAGUCUCUUCUGCCAGAGCAGAUAGCCAAGGUCAUCAAGAUUAAUGAGCUUGUGAGAGAGCUUGAAGCGCUCGGUUUCGAUGCCGAUGGUGAACCCAAGACAAACGCGGAUGCGGCACCAGAGACAGCAAAGGAGGGUUGAUCGCACAAAUAAUGAUACGACUAGUAUUCGAUCCGACGGUUUAAGCAGAAUGUUGCUGUAAAUACCCUUCGCUGGACAUCGCGGCGAUAGCGAUGAUGGCACUAUGAUAUCGGCUAUUAAAGUCAUGAUAUACGCCCAAGUGAGGACGGACCAGUUGGUUCAGCACGAUGUCUAUUGGUCUGGAUACCAGCAUCACCAGCCACAGCGUUAAACGGCUACGACGUCUAGCUACUAUCACGAGGACCAUCGGCCCAGAGUAUUAGACCCAAGCAUCCUCCAUGAUGGACCCUCGAGGGAUAUCCAGCAUGCCCAACGCUAGCGCUGCAUUGUGAUGGGCUAUGGUCCAGAGCUUUUGCCCUUCGGCGGCGAAGAAAUCCGGCUACACUAAUGUGUCAGUCAAGCGAUUCUGGGCUUUCAUGCAUAGCGGGUAGUUAUUGAAUAUGAACUUUUUACGUGGAUGCAUUAUUUCGUCUGCUAUGUAUGAGACUUUUAUUCCUAGGAGAUUUGUGAAUCAGAAUUAUCCAACAACUUUACA